AUUUUCGAUUUUCGAUUUUCUACUAGAAACCAAUAAUCAGUUUAUUCAAAAUUCGGAUAGAAAUGAGUCAAGAGCAAGUCGAAAUGAUUUAUGCAAAAACCAUCGAGCAAAUUCUAGAGAUGACAGGAAACGCGACAGCAAAUUUCCUCCCAGUUCUCGGUGUCAAAUCAAUUGAAAUGGCAAUUGGCCAAAUGGAAGAGUACUUGGAAAUGCUUAAAAAUCUGAGAGUCGAUUACGAAAAAGAGCCAAAUCUUCAGUCCUGUAUGUCUCCAAGACUGAAUGACUCAAUGCUCAUUCAUCGUAAUCGUCUCGCUCGCACCUCAAAAUCUCGACUUGCACUAUACCGUACUUCACCUGAAAUUGCACGGUUCUCGAGAGGAUCUCCGGACGAUAUUGAAAAUGAGAACUUGUCUAUGUCGAAAAUUAGGUCAAUUACCGAGGAGACAUCAAUUUUAGAUCCGACGCUUUGUAUGGAUGAGACGACGCAUCAAAGAGGAUUUCUGGCAGAUGUGAGCGAUAUGAAUGGAACUGUCCGUUCUCGAAUGCCCAGUUUCAAUUUUAAUCACAUAUCUCCUGUACCUGCUGAGAAAACACGUCGACACUCUGUUCUGAAUGUCACAACCGACUUUGACGUGGAUCUUUCUUCAUUAUGUGAGCCAAGUCAAAUUGAGGAAAAUUCUGGACAGAUUUUGUUUCAAAAUGUACUGGAGUCUGCGUUGCGUACUCCAAACGCAAACAAUAAUACAAUUCUUCUAACCGAUUCCGAAGUGACACCUGUGAAUAUUUCUAACUUGUGGAAUGUGAAGCUUCGUCCAGGGAGCAAUCGAAAGAUUGACAACGGGAUCAGAAAGGAAAUCCAGAGGCAAUUGGCUUGUGACUCCCAAUUGUGAUGCUAAAACAGUAAAACUCAUUGAUCCUCCGAUUGAGAAUAAAAAUGCAGACUUAAACUAUUUGACAUUUUUGUGUUUCAAUGAAUACAAAAAUAUA